AUGCCUAGGGCAGGGCAGGGCAAGCCAAGGCAGGGCAAAGCCAGCCAGGCAAAGGAUGGGGCUUCUCAGCCCAAAUUCCAAAUCCCGUUGCCGUCGCUCGUCGCUGCACCACGCCGGGCAGCCCGCCAAGACCCAGGCCAAGGCAAGGGGACAGGGCAACUGGGUCAGGGCCCCAUCAAUGCCAUCAUGGACGCACCAUUUGUACGGCGGCCAGGCCACAUGUAG